AUGGCGGUAGCUUGGAAUCGAUUAAUUCGUUUUGUUUCAACCGACGGACGCAUUUUGUGUGGAGAGCCUAUCCUGCCUUCUCCGGAUUUUGAUCUCGGUAGCACGACUUCUGAGACGCAACUGAAGGCAAAGAUUAUCUCUGGUAGUGAUCUAUACGACACCACUGGAGCCACAAAAGUUACAGAUGGGGUUGUAACUGUGGGGGAGCUACUAGGCCCAUCAGCUCAAGCCGAUGUGCCAAUUCCGAGAUGCGUCGGAUUGAACUAUGCGAAACAUAUCAAGGAAGCCAAUCGAUCUCCUCCGCCAUUCCCAAUCAUAUUCUUCAAGCCAGUCACCACUAUCACCGAUCAUAACGUAGAUGUUGUUAUCCCUGAGAACUGUCAAGACGAUCAAGCGGACUAUGAGGGGGAAUUAUGUAUCGUAAUAGGUCGUGAUGCGAAAGACGUUUCUGAGGAGGAUGCACUAGGCUACGUUACGGCAUAUACGUGUGGAAACGACAUCUCCACGAGAAAACUGCAAAGAGACGCUGCAUAUGCGGGACGAAUUCCACAAUGGGGAUUUAGCAAGGGAUUUGAUACUUUUGCACCGUUAGGACCUUGCUUGGUGAGCUCAAGGUUAAUUGGCGACCCCGCAAAACUGCACCUGAAGUCGAUUGUCGAUGGAGACGUGAGACAAGAUGAAGGAGUUUCAGAUCUUCUCUUCAACUGCGCGUAUUUAAUUAGCUAUUUUAGUAGCGGCACAACGUUGCAGAAAGGAAGCAUCAUCAUGACUGGGACCCCAGGAGGUGUCGGCGCUGGGAUGAAACCCCCCUAA